CGUUACCAACCUAAAAGAGAGCAAGCAGCGAGGCUGGUCCUUUUCAUCGCAUCCCUUCACAUCACAUCUCAUCGCGUAUCCGCAUCGCAUGUCCGCAUCGCAUCUGAUUCCCAGGUCUCACCUGCGCAUAAACAGAGUUGCUGCAUCAGGCAACCGGGCCGCACGGGCGAGGACGAAGCAGCCGCCCGGGCCUGAUAAUACUUACUCCCAAACCAACCCGUCAUGAGCCUCGAUAGCUCCGCGACGGCGCAGCCAGAAAAUGGCAACGCCCUAAGCGCAGAGGACAUUGCUCUUUACGAUCGCCAGCUCCGUCUCUGGGGCAUGGAAGCGCAGCAGAAGAUCCAGAGCGCCAACAUCCUCCUGGUCACCAUGCGCGCUCUGGCGAACGAGAUCGCCAAGAACCUUGUCCUGGCCGGCAUCGGCUCCCUGACGGUCAUCGACGACCAGCCAGUCACCGAAGCCGACCUGGGGGCCCAGUUCUUCCUGUCGGAAGAGAACAUCGGCCAGAACCGCGCCGAAGCCGCUGUCAGCCAGAUCCAGAAGUUGAAUCCCCGAGUGAAGGUUGUCGCCGACCCCGGAAGCAUCACGACCAAGGGCGCCUCCUUCUUCGGAGACUUCGACAUCGUCAUCGCCACCGAUCUCAGCCCCACGCUCUUCGCCUUCACCAACACCGCCACCCGGCUCCACAACCGGCAGUUCUACGCAGCCGGCACCCACGGCUUCUACGGGUACAUCUUCUGUGACCUGAUCGAGCACGACUACGUCCUCCAGCGCGACAAGCCGAACGUGCCCACCGUCGUGGGGCCGGAGACGCGGACGCGCAGCGUCGCCAAGGUGGAGCUGCAGAAGGAGGGCGGGAAGGUGAUCGAGAAGGUGCAGAAGCGCGAGCUGUACUCGACGUGGGACCUGGCGUGGGAGACGAGCGUGCUGCCGGCCGAGUACAUCAGGUCGAAGCGGCGGCUGCGGGCGGUGACGCCGGCGCUGUCGUGCCUGCGCGCGCUCUGGGCCUUCCAGCAGCUGAACGAGGACCGGUACCCGGGGCACAACAAGGCGGACCUGGAGCAGUUCACGCGGCUCGCCACGCACAGCCACGCGGUCCUGUCGCUGCCGCCGGAGACGCUGCGCUCCGAGUUCCUGCGCAGCUUCCUGCAGAACGUCGGCAGCGAGGUGGCGCCGGUCGCGGCCGCGCUCGGCGGCCAGCUCGCCCAGGACGUCAUCAACGUGCGCGGCCAGCGCCAGCAGCCGAUCCAGAACACCGUCGUCUUCGACGGCGACAAGAUGGAGGCCGACGUGUACCCGCUGCACCCCGAGGGCAACCUCGGCAGGGCCCAGCUCGAGGCCGCGAUCCACGUGAUACCCCAGGUCGACCUACCACAAGCAGGACUCCCCAUAGACGGCGGCGAUGCGAGCAUACUGACGGGGCCCGGAAUGUAACAAUAGACAGGCGGAAUAGGGGAUAGCCUCUCUCUCUGCGACCCCCGACGUCUUUGAUCCUCUCUUUUUUUCUUUUUUCUUUGCGAUAGACUGCGCACAUGAGUGGAUACAAGGGAAGGAAAGAAAGAAAGAAAGAAAGGGAGAAAGAAACAAUACCCGGCGCGUCUUCCGUCUUCCGCCUUCGCAGGCGUGUGUAUGUGUAUGUGUGUAGGUAAAAAUAACCAGCUCUCCCUGCCUACCCAGGAUCACUCUAACAGAGGGGAAGCAGGGGAGGCCACAAACAUGAAUUUUUUUAUUAAAAAAAUGCUCUUGCGUAAUAAUCCGCAUGAUUCGGGACGGACCGGUAGCUUGUCUAUUAUUUUUUUUUUCCUUCCUCCUAAGGGUUAGGGAGGCUGGGAGCGGGAUCGGGAAAGGGGCAGCAGUAGCAGCCGCAUCAAACUGCAAAUGAGCGCAGGG